CCAGCCAAAUACUCCCAAACCUCCCACAAUCGCCGCUAUGUCGAGACGUCGCCAGCAAGAACAAGAACAACAAGAGGAUGGUUCCUCUGAUGAGGGGUCAUUUGCUAGCUUUGGCGACGAUGACGUCCUCUCCGGCUCCGACGGCGACGAUUUUGCCGAGAAGAGGAGAGCAGUUCUCCUUGAUAAAGAUUCCGACGAAGAGGAGCUAGAGCGUUUUGUUCUCGGGAGCAAAGAAACGUUUCGCGAGCAGUUAUUUCGCGACGACUUCCUUCCGUCUGUCACCGACUCUAAGGCACUCGUGAAAGCGACGGCCGACGAUGAAGAGGCAACCGGCCAUGAGCAUGUAUCCGACUCGAUGCUCUUUACACUGGACACAGGUGGGGACUCGGACGUGGAGCUUGAAUUGGUAGCGACAAAGCAGGCUCCACAAGAGCAGGCGGAGGAGGCACCGGCGUGGGAGGACAGCGACGACGAGCGGUUGACUGUUUCCCUCGCUGGGGCUACCCGGCUCAGGAAACUCAGGCAGACCGAGGCGGAGGAUGUGGUCAGCGGCACGGAAUACGCCCGGCGGUUGCGCCAACAAUAUCUCCGUCUCUACCCGCUUCCCGACUGGGCGAAGGACGCAACCACCGGCUCCAAGCGAAGAAGACGUCGCUCGUCGGCCGCCUCGGACGGCUCCUCGGCCUCGGAGAUGGAACUCGACAGCGAUGGCGAAAGCAUUGACGCUCCGCUCCCUCUCGACUGCUUCCUCCGCGAUGCUUCGUCCUUCCUCCCCACUGCCUCCUCCGACGCCUCGCGCAAGCGCCGCAAACUCCGCCCAGAAACCAUCGACGUUCAACGCACCCGCGACAUCCCCGACACCCACAAAGCCGGCGUCUCCUCCCUCGCCUUCCACCCGCGCCGCCCCAUCCUCCUGUCCUCGAGCACCUCCUCCAUCAUGUACCUGCACCACAUCGACCCGUCAGCCCACCCGACGCCGAACCCGGCGCUGACGUCGGUGCAAGUAAAGCGCACCGACCUCCGGCGGGCGGCCUUCGUCGGCCCCGACGGCGAUGAGGUCGUUUUUGCCGGCCGCCGGCGCUACUUCCACAGCUGGAACCUCUCCUCGGGACUGGUUAAGAAGGUCUCCAAGAUCCAGGGCCACCAGAAGGAGCAGCGGACCAUGGAGCGAUUCCGCGCGAGCCCCUGCGGGCGGUACCUGGCGCUCGUGGCGAGUGACAAGAAGGGCGGCGGGAUGCUCAACAUUGUCAACGUCGGCUCCAUGCAGUGGAUCGCGCAGGCGAGGAUCGAUGGGCGCGGCGGCGUCGCCGAUUUCGCGUGGUGGAGCGACGGGAACGGCCUGACUAUCGCGGGCAAGGACGGGCAGGUGACCGAGUGGAGCAUGGCGACGAGGCGGACAGUCGGGAUCUGGAGGGAUGAAGGGUCCGUGGGCGGGACCGUCAUGGCGCUGGGCGGGCGGAACGGGCCCGCCGAGCUGGGGGGGGACAGGUGGGUGGCGGUCGGGUCCAACAGUGGUGUCCUGAAUGUCUAUGAUCGCAACGAGCUGUUGGUCAAGCAGCAGCAGCAGGCAAAGGCGGGUUCGGGGCAGGUAGAGAUCAAGAGACUGCCCGAGCCGGUGCGCGCGUUUGAGCAGUUGACCACGUCCAUCUCGGUGGUUACCUUCUCGCCGGACGGCCAGCUGAUGGCGUUUGGCAGCCAGCAUAAGAAGGACGCGUUCAGGCUAGUGCACCUGCCCAGCUGCACCGUCUACCGCAACUGGCCGACGGAGCAAACGCCGCUGGGGAGGAUCACGGCUGUGGCUUUCAGCGCGGGCAGCGAUAUGCUCGCGGUGGGGAACGAUGUGGGCAAGAUUCGGUUGUGGGAGAUUAGGAGCUAAGGCGGGCUGUUUCAUUCACCUCUGGAAGGGGUUGAUGGUAUGUACAUGUUGGAUAGACUAUAUCCAAUGGGGUUGUCUAAUGAGGUGGUGCCAUUUCCCUCUCUUUCAGCAUUGGCGUCGUGUUCACAACAUGUUCCGCAACAGCACCUUCACCGGCCCCAUUUCCUUGACUUUGCUGAGCGGAUAGAACUUGCGCGUGUUGACCGUGUACGCGACCAGCUGCGCUGCACUGGCAAACCGGCGGGGUUUCUCGCCUUGCUUGACGGCCUCGAGGAGGUCGCGGAUGUUGACGUGCACGGUCCGGAGAGCCUGGUCCAUCCGUCCACCCA